AUGGUUCUCAAUCGGGGGACCUGGUGCCCCGAGUGCGCCCGCACAACGAAAUCAAAGUCCAAGCGAACCUUGCUGGACUUGCAAGAGCAUGCCGCUGCACGUGACGGCAAGUGCAUGGCUACUGAAUACGUGGGCAUGAGGGUGACUGUUCCCUGGCAGUGCGAGAAAGGCCACAUUUGGCAUGCGAGGGCAGGCAGUGUGUUGAACCAGAAAACCUGGUGCCCAACCUGCACAAAGAGGGCACCACUGGGAUUGGAGCGACUUGGGAGCCACGCCGCCCGCCUUGGUGGACAGUGCCUGGCCGAGGACUAUAAGAAUAACAAAACCCAGGUGCAGUGGAAGUGCCGCUCUGGCCACGUAUGGCGAGCAUCUCCGGACAGUGUCAUCAACCGUGGCACCUGGUGCCCCGAGUGUCGAAAGAUUGGCCUGGCGCGUCUUCAGGAACACGCCGCGUCGUUGGGGGGCCGGUGCCUCUCCAAGACGUAUAGCAACCAAACUGUCAAUAUUCUUUGGGAAUGCCAGCAUGGUCACAGGUGGAAAGCCAGUGCCGCGAACAUCCUUCAUCAAAAGACCUGGUGCCCACAGUGUGCAGCCAGCGCUUGGAAGACGGAAGCUGAGGUCCGAAGCAUUCUGGAAGCCAUCUUCGAUCCGGCGAGGUUUGAGUCGUGCUACCCCGAGUUUUUGGGAGGGUUGCAGUUGUACGGCUACUGUUCUGAGCUAUCCUUGCCCUUCGAAUACCAGGGGGUGCAGCACUUCGAUCCUGACAACUAUUUCCAUUUCGGCGACCCUUCCAGCUUUGAGAGACAGGUGGAGAGGGAUGCGAGGAAGCGCCGGCUUUGCAAGGAGGCAGCCGUGCGGCUGGUACUAGUGCCGUGCUUUGCUGACGACAAGCGUGUUUUUGUGAUGACGGCUCUGCUUCAGUGGUUCACCAUAGCUCAGCUCACGCCUCCACUGUUGCCACUUUGCCGAAAGAGUACAUGA